CAAUGUCGCCAACCCAAACCUCUGACAAGUCCUUUUAGGUUACGUCCAGAUAGUUUGAAGACACGUGUGGUAAACAAAUAGGGAUAAUGGGCAAAGCAAAGCGCCUGAAGCCGUCUCAGAUGGGCACCAAGGUGCCCCUGGACCAGGACAUCGAGGACGCGAAGUUUGCCAAGUCGAAAAACCGCAACAAAAUCCGUCUAAGACAAGACGACGAUGAACAAUUUGUGGACUCGAACCUCUCGCGGAAGAUUCUCUCAGCCGCCCGAGAGCAGCAACGCGAGCUGGACUCAAGUUUCGGCCCCACGCCGUCCGAGGCAAGUUCAAGCAAGUUUAAAGUGUCCAAACUGGGGGACGAUGACUCCGAACCGGAAGAGGAAGACACCCUCGAACCGGACACGUUUUACGAAAACAUUGAAAUCAAUGAAGAGGAUGAGAAAGCUUUAGAGAAGUUCAUGAGUAGCAAUCCGGCCCCGAGACGCACUUUGGGGGAUAUUUUGGCCGAGAAGUUUACCGAAGUUAAGACGCAUUUUAGCGAGGAAGGCUCGGUCAAAAUGCAGGAGUUGGACCCACGGGUGGAACAAAUGUAUCAAGGGGUGAGGGAUGUUUUGCGGAAAUAUAGGAGCGGCAAGUUGCCGAAAGCGUUCAAAAUCAUCCCCAACUUGCGGAAUUGGGAACAAAUCUUAUACAUCACGGAUCCGCCAAGUUGGUCAGCUGCUGCCAUGUACCAAGCCACCCGUAUUUUCGCCUCAAACCUCAAGGAAAAAAUGGCUCAGAGGUUCUAUAAUUUGGUUUUGUUGCCCCGAAUUCGCGACGACUUGGCCGAAUACAAGCGACUCAAUUUCCACUUAUAUCAAGCCUUGAGGAAAGCCCUGUUCAAACCUGGGGGCUUCAUGAAGGGAAUUCUCCUACCACUGCUUGAAAGUGGCGAUUGUACGCUCAGGGAAGCUAUUAUAAUAGGCUCAGUUGUCGCAAGAAACUCUAUUCCUAUUUUGCAUUCUUCUGCCGCGAUUUUGAAAAUCGCGGAAAUGGAUUACACCGGCGCCAAUUCGAUUUUUUUGCGUAUUUUCUUCGAUAAAAGAUACGCGUUGCCGUAUCGUGUUGUGGACGCAGUUGUGUUCCACUUUUUGAGAUUCGAGCGAGAUUCCAGGGAAUUACCCGUUUUGUGGCAUCAGGCUUUCCUGACAUUUGUACAAAGAUACAAAGCUGAUAUUUCAAGCGAGCAAAGGGACAGUUUAUUAGAAUUAUUAAAGAAGCAAAACCACCACGCUAUCACACCAGAGAUCAGAAGAGAAAUUCAAAAUGCGAAAUGUCGAGACGCUGAAACCGCCGAACCAAAAAUGGACUUUGACUAAAUUAAUGGUUACAUAAUUGUGAUAAUUAUAUUGAAAAAAAUCGGUUACAACAAGACUAUUAAUAAAAACUUGGAAAAAUUAGGAAAA